AUGUCAUUUGGUCUCACAAGCUCGUGCCCGAGGGUGGCUGCUCGUCAGCUCUUCGCGGCCUCCAGAGCCUUCUCAACUUCAGCUGCUACUCUCGAUCAAGUCCCUCCCGAGUCCCCCUCCUACAUCCGGUUACCUACACCACCACAGUCCGACGAGAAGAAGCUUCCCCGCGUAAGGGGUCAUCUUCCUGUGCCUCGCGAGAUCUUUCCCCGCCUCGAGGGCGACCGCAAGGUCCGAGCCGAUUAUAUCAGGCAGACUGUUCCCCGGCCAGCCAACAAACAAAAGCCCAAGAACGAUACGCAGGAAUGGAAGCAAAAGAUGGCCAGUUCCCGACGCCAAAAUCUCGAAACCGGUCUGAAGGAACUCUGGGUGCGACGAAAUCGCCGAGAUGCCGUUCAGAAUGAACGUGUGAGCCGCAAGUUUCAGGACCACCAUCAGGCUGUUAAGGCUCCUGAGCGAGAGGACGACCGCAUUACCCGCAGCACUGUUCUAAAAUCAGUGUUGGAUACGCAGACCUACCCGGACCCUCAGCGCUUUGUUCGUGCGGACCGAAGUCGGAGCAAGAUCCAGGCCAUUGAGGGAGCUAAGCGUGAGGCUCGUCGUGAUGCGCUAAUGGAGCUCUACAUCAACGCUUCCAACUUCAUUGUUACGGAGAGCGAGCUCAAGACUGAGAUUGAUACCAUUUUUGCUGAGGACUUCUUCCACAAGCAAGGAUUCGACAUUGGCCGAUACGGCGCUGCCCAGAACACCUGGGACGUUUGGGGCAAGCCAACAUCCAUUGGCAAUAUGUUGGAGAGCACUACAGGAGUAUCAACGAAGAUUAUGGACUUUUACGAAACAGAGUACGACCGCUCUGUUAAACGACAGAAGAGAAUCGCCGAGGAGUUUACUGGUGGAAAGAUGGAGUAG